GCCAAACAGAACCACAGAAAGCUGAUAUGGUUUCGGCAGGCAAAGAGCGUGUGGGGACGAGCGGGGGAGGUUAGAUUGGGAGUAAAUUGUUAUUUACCCUUUUCUGCCACACCGAGAUGAAAAGGAGGCAAUUUGCAGCUUGGAUCUGAUUUCAGAUAUCGGAGAGCCAUGAGGACUAGCGACUGGAUGUUUCUCCUGCUCUUUUUGCAGCUGGGUUCUUCUCGUGUCCUACACUGGAGCUACCAAGGGGAACUGGAUGAGAUACACUGGGGAACGCACUUUGCAGACUGCCGGGGACGGCACCAGUCCCCCAUUAACAUUCAGAAGAGGGACGUCCAGUACACCUCUACACUGCUUCCACUGCAGCUUCAGGGCUACGGCGGCCCCCUGCGAGGACGCUUCACGAUGACCAACAAUGGGCACUCAGUUAUGAUCAAGCUGCCUCCGAGCAUGGCCAUCACCGCAGGGCUCCCGGAGGUCUACACAGCCGUCCAGCUGCAUUUCCACUGGGGAGGCAUGGACCUCGAGAGCAGCGGCUCUGAGCACACCAUAGACGGAAUGCGGUACAUGGCCGAGCUUCACAUCGUCCAUUACAAUUCGGGUGCCUAUUCCAGUAUUGAAGAAGCUUCGGACAAACCAGAUGGGUUGGCUGUCCUGGCUGCGCUCUACGUGGGUGGAAAUUUAGAAAAUACCUACUACAGUAAUUUCAUUGCGAACCUGGCCAAAAUCAGAUAUGCAGGGCAAUCAGCAAUGCUCGACACCCUUGACGUCUUGUCCAUGUUGCCAGAGGAUCUCACACGCUUCUACAGGUAUCAAGGCUCCUUGACGACCCCACCCUGCACGGAGAACGUGAUCUGGACUGUCUUUGACAUGCCCAUCAAGCUUUCCCACACGCAGAUCAUGUUGCUGGAGAAUUCCCUGCUGGACUGGCAGAACCAGACCCUGCGGAACGACUAUCGGCAAGCCCAGCCGCUCGGGGACAGGGUGGUCGAGGCCUCUUUCACCAACAAGCCCACUGAGGACACCUGUCACGCAGCAAGCGUCACUCAUACACUUGAUGAAAUACAGAAUCAGCUCCAGGAAAUAAAGAAGGACUUUUUGAGCCUAAUGAGCAAAGUCGGUCAGCGGACGGGCCAUGCCCAAGCUUUCUACUUCCCCCGGGAAAAGGUGGCCAGCCACGCCGAGGUCCGGCCCCUGCAGGAGAUGACCCUGCACAGCUUCACACUGUGCUUCUGGGUCCACAACCUUCACCAAGGGAAGCAGACGGUCUUCUUGUACUCCACCCCGGAGAACGAGAACGAGCUGGUGGUCACCGUGGGCCUGGACGUGUGCGUGUGGGUCGGCGGGAGCUUCGUGCAAUUCGACCUCCACCGCAAAUCGGAGGAGUGGGUGCACCACUGUAUCACGUGGGCCUCCCACUCUGGCGACGUCAAUCUGUGGGUCAACGGAGCGGUCGGCACGGCCAAGAACAUUCAGAAGGGCUACGUGAUCCAGAAAGGCGGGACGGCCAUCCUGGGGAAGUACAAGAACAGCAUGCUCAAUGUCUUCGGCAACGGAUUUUCCGGCUGGAUAAGCCAGGUCAAUCUUUGGAGCCACGUGCUUGACUACAAUGAAAUCCAGCAGCUCACGCUUUGCAAGCAUGAGGAUAAGAAGGGGAAUAUCAUUGCCUGGGGACAAACGCCCUUCCUGCUGUAUGGAGGUGUGGUUGUGGAUGUGGAUACCAGCUGCAGCUGAUGCCCUUUUUGGAAGGAAGUUAGUGCUGCAGGUAAAAACAGAUUGGCAUGCAAACAUUGCUUUUUUCCCCUCAAGCUUUGCCUUCCACUCUGAAUACUUCUCUCCGUUACCAAAUAAUUGAGCUGGAGCCUUCUGGGAAGCUUAAAAUAAUCCUUCCAGUUACAGGGAAAACUCACCACAGGGUGAGAAUGCCCUGCAAGUUCCGCCAUGUUUGCAUAUAGAAUAAAAUCCAUCUGACUG